GGUGAAACCGGGGGGGUGUUUAGCAAGUUUGGUGCGAUGCAGAAGCGACUCCAGAUGUCGAGACAAGAAUGAGAAGCGAAGGAAACCAUCCCAGCUACAGCGAAUCAAUGACCAUAAAUGAAUGUUACAUUGCAAUUGGCUUCUCAGCAGUAAAAUAUGGAGAAAUGUAGAUUAAACAUAACCUUGGCCACUGGUGCAGUUGGAUGGAACACAUUGGUGAACAACCAGUUACUUAUUGAACUUGCAAAAAAUUCAAAAGUGAAAGUGACUGGACUUGUGCCAAGAAGCACCCAGGAACAGAAAGAACAGGCCAAGAAGUUAAAUGUUGAACUUGUUGAUGGCCAAGAACUAGAUGGUUUUUCUUCAAUGGAACUCCUGUCUUUCCCACCAGAUGAUCUUGAAAUUGAUGUUUUGUUCAUGCACUCAUAUGGGCUUCAUGAGGGAAAACAUGCACAGAACAUAAGAACAGCUAAGAAAUGUAAAUGGUUUCACAUCAUCCAUACCAUUGGCGAAGAACUUGCUAAAUAUAUGGAUAACAAAUGUGAGCAGGAGUCAGAGCACCAGCUACAGCUUAAACUGAGUCGGAAAGCAGACUGUGUAAUUGCAAUUGGUCCCAAAGUAGCAGACACCUUCAGAUCUGAACUGUGUCAUUGUGGAAAGAGCAAUGAUGUCAUUGAUUUAACUCCAGGGAUCAUGAAGGAAUUGGUAGGUGUGCGAGCAUUCCAACAACGUGGAGAAAUCUUCCGCAUCUUGAUCAGUGCAACAUGGUUUGCAAAGUAUUACAAAGUAAAGGGGCUGGAUAUUGCAGCCAAGGCCAUGACGUUCUUGAAAGAGGUAUCAUGCCAUCUGAUCUAUAUUGUCAACAAAGAUGAAGAUACUGAAGACCUCAAGAACCAACUCCUUCAGGAAGGGAUUGAGCUGAACCAGCUUACUGUGCGACGUUUGCAAAGUUCUAACUUGGAAAAUUGGAAGAGUCAGCUGUGUCAAGUCAAUCUUAUCAUUAUGCCAGCACGAACAGAGGGCUUCGGCACAACCAACCUCCGUGCUAUUUCUGCUGACCUCCCAGUACUUGUCAGCCAGAAUUGUGGUUUUGGAAUGGCUCUGAAGAAAUUGCCCUCUGGAGAAAAACAUGUCAUUAAAUCAAAUAAACCUGAAGUUUGGGCAGAGAGGAUAAAAGAAGUCCUAGAAAAAAGCCCAGAAGAUCUGAUGUCAGAAGCGAAGAAGCUUCGCAAAGAGUAUGAGGAAAAAUACAACUGGGAGAAGCAAUGUGAAGAUCUUGUUGACAGAAUGCUUACAAUGUUUCCAAGCAAACAAGAAGAUUUCAAACAAUGUGUUGAGCACGGUGAAGAGUCUGACCAAGCAAGGGGAGGGGAUCCAGAAGUCCAACAAUGUGAAACCGAGGUAAUGGUAUAUGAGGAGAGAAUGCCUGAAAAUGGUAACCUUGGAAGCCCAGAGCUGAGGCUUGCAGGAAAAAAGAAAAUCAACCAAAGUGAGAGAAAAGCUAACAAGGAGAUGGUUGAUGUUCUCCAGAGCAGGACUCAGGAACUGAGCAUUGUAACAAGAGAGUCUGAAAGUAAGAGCAUGGACUACAAGGAAAAGGUUGAAAUUGUCCAGGACAGGACUCAGGAGGUGGGCCAUGCAGCAGCAAAGGAGUUCAAGGAAAAUGGAAGUGGAUUUGAUCAGGCAGAUGGUGCCGCAGCAACAUUAGAUAGUGUUAAUGAUAGUAAAUCAAACAGGAAUCAGACAGGAAAGCCUGUCAAAGCUCAAGACAUUCCUUAUUCUAUUUUGAGUAAAAUCUGCAUGAAACUUAACAUAAAGAAUGACUUGUCUUUUAAAGAUUUUCGCCUGCUUGGAGAAAAAAUGGGAUUUGAUAAAGAUUUGACAAAGGUUUUAGAACAGAAAAGUAAUCCUACUUAUGAACUUCUUCAAAUAUGGCAUUCAAAUCCUGAAUCAACUGUGGAAAAUCUUUUAAUGAUACUCAAAGAUGAUGAAAUGGGGAGAUGGGAUGUUGCAACCAUUCUCGAAGACUGGUUGGAAAAAAAAGGGAUUAAGAAUUAGUUAUAAAUAAUGAAGAGUGUAUAAUAUUAGGGUGGUUUGGCAGGAGGAGACAAAUGUUUUCAGUGUUAAUUACAGUUGAUACACUGCACUGAUAGAUGAGGUGCUGAAAUAUUUUCAGUGGCAGAACAAGCAUGUGAAGGGUGUUUCCUGCAAUUUAAAUUGUGAGAUUUAAUCAGCAAAUGUAAAAAUGUUAGCAUAAAAAGUACAAAGGUAGGAAAUAUUAUAGGAGUAUAACUGUUGUAGUAGUGGAGGAGUUGAAAAAGACUGAUAAACUGUUUUAAAAAACUUUUAGUUUUUGAAUUUGGAAUUUUAGUCUUUUUGCAUUAGUCAUCAAUCUUAGGUUGACAAUAUUAGCACAAAUAAAAGUUUUUGUGAAUCACAAGUCACAGAAAUUGACAAGCACAACUGUGUAGCAAUCAUAGCCAAAGCUGUUUAUUUUUCUAAAUUAGAUGGCUUUUUAGCUCAGUGUUCUCCACAGAUUUUGAAGAAGUCUGCUGUGAUGGUAAAGUAACCAGAGCUUACAAAUCAAGUGCAAAUUCAAGCUACGCUCGAAAUUGUCUUACAAAAAAAAAAAGAGAAUUGUUUUCUGUGGCUUUGUAAAACAAAAGUAGCGGGCACUCGAGACGUGAGUAUCCAGCAAAAACGCCGGCUGCCAGGGCUUCUGGAGAACACUGUAAGCAUUUAUAUAUAGACUAAGUAAGUAUACUUUAAGAAAGUGGUUCAUAAGCAGAGGGUAUCCAUGUAAUGGCCUCUCACCUGGUACUAACUUAAAAAUAAAUAUCUGUGAUUGAAAGAUUAUAAUAAUAAUAACUCAAAAUAGACAUUUGCCAUUGAAAUUGGGAGAAAGGAAAUGUGAUACCACUUAAAGUAGUGUCACAUAGAGGAGAAGUCUUUGGUUUGAAGGUUUCUUUUUUAUGUUUAAGUGUAACUUUACUUAUGUUUUAUUUAAGAAAAGGUGAUCUUUUGUGAAAA